AUGGUGGCAUGGGCUGACGGCGAUAAUGUUAUAGCAGAGUUCCAGGUCACUCAGAAGGCUGGCGCAGCUGAGCAGUUUCCUCAUCUGGAAAUUGACGGCCAAGAUCCGAGCGCAGUGGAGAAUCGUGAGUGCAGGAGCCCAAAUACUGUAGAUAUCUGUGGUCGGUGCUGUGAUGCUUCGCCGGUCAUCGAUCUUGCUUCUUGGUGGCACGGCUGGUCUGACAUGGACUAUGACCAACUCGCUGGAAGCGUGAUUGCUGGGCACUUGACAGAAUGUGGCCCUUAUACAACAGAAGGCAAAUACUGCGGCUUCAAGUCCAUCCCCAGUCUUGUCCGAGUGGGAUAUCCCAAAGCGGAGGUUUAUGACGACAGCAGUUCUGUUAUUACUAUACAUCCCGGAAGCAAUCGCGCGGUCACAGUCGAUACCGUCAAGGCUCAAUUGGUGUACGAAAUGCAAGGACCAAAAUACCUUAACCUCGACGUUGUAGCUCAUCUGGAUGACAUAAGGAUCAAAGAAGAUGCCACAUAUCGGGUCCUCUUUGGAGGUUACCAGGCUGAGAUGUGCACGUUUGCUGUUGAACUUCACAUCAAGGAGAAGGUUGAGCUUCAGCGAAAGCAAAUCCUGAACUGUCUAGAUCAGUCGCGCUUCUCGACUAUUGCUAUCGAUGCGUAUAGAAGCGUGCCUAAGCACCCCAAAUCACAGAAGAAGACAACAGUCAGGAUUGGUCACUUCGUCCAGGAACCUAGUAAGGAGGCAAUCGGUCAUUUGACGGGUGUUAUCAUGUUUUGCAAUAUGCAGGGUUACGGCGGCUUUCGUCCAAACAUGAGCUUGUGCACGCUGGCACCGAAGCCCUACAUCCGGUACUUCCCAGUUCGCUUCCAGCAGUCUGCCUUGAAAGUGCAGGCCCAUGUCGAGGGACAACCUCCUAAUGAAGUAGAGCCUGUCCCAAAGCAUGCAUUAUUCGCUGGCCAGUCGUCCCAUGAAACUACUGAUCCUGCUGACUUACAGUCUUUGGGCCCAACUAGGCGCGCUCCUCUAGGAUCUAUUAUUCUCGCCCAACCUGGAGAUAUGGGUGGCACCGCAAGUGUCGCUCUUUGGAAGCUUCUCGGCGACGGUUACCAGCCGGAAUACCAUGUCAAGUGUUUUGCACUCCCACAUCUGCAUGCGGUAGAUUUCGUAACCUACGGUAUUCUUCAGGAAGGUGUUAGUAACUCGUCCAUCAUCGAUGGCUUUGCCAAGUGGUUUGGGGAGUUUGUGCGUGUACGGUAG